UCUUUGCUGUCGGCAAUGACUGGGUUUCUUUGAAUUUAAAGCCAAAAAAAGGAGGGUUACUGUUUAGCGGAAGCGGUCUCAGAAUCUGAAGUGUGCUCUUUGUGGUUUUGUUUUCGGCCGCAAAAAGAUGAAGAUGAUGUCAAGAAGGCCCGUUUUGUUCUUGCUUCUCGUUACUGUUUUUGCUCCUAUUGUUCUCUUCACCGAUAGACUUGCAAGCUUUACGAGUUUGUCCUCUACAAAUGGAUUCGCUGAAGAUGUUUCUACUCAUGCUGUCGGUGGGAAGAUAAGGAAAUUGAAUCUGCUUCCUCAGGAGUCAUCGAUUAACUUGAAAGAACCGAUUGGCAUCGUUUAUUUGGUUAAUGCAAGCAGUUCUGUUUCGAAUUCUGAUGGAUCCAGGGGAAAGCCCUCCGACCGAACCGCAGAAUCCCCAAGUGGGUUGCAAGUGGUUCAUUCGGGAGAGCAUAAGACCAGAGUAUUAUCUGCGACCGAUAAUGAAAACCAAUUGGAAAAACAAAACCCCAUCAGACAGGUAACUGAUGGACUGCAAGCUGGAAAUGAGAGUGGCAGCUUGCAGAAUCCCAAAACAGCUAGUGGAAAGGAAGGAAGACAAGAGGUUGAGGCUAAAGAGAAGGAAAAGAAACCCACUUUAUCUCAGCAAAUGUUCGAUAAUGUCUCUGAGAAAAUGGGAAAUAAUACUAAGCAGAAUGCUGGUAAAGCUUCUGACAAAGUUGAUAAAAAAGAACAUACAAAGACCAAUACUGUGGGACAGAAUAACCAGGCAGUUAUGCCAGAUGCUCGAGUUCGGCAUCUUAAAGAUCAACUGAUUAGGGCGAAGGUGUACCUUGGCCUGAGUGCCAUUAGAAACAACCCCCAUAUCGUAAGGGAGCUCCGGUUACGGAUGAAAGAAGUUCAGCGAGUACUUGGUGAUGCAUCCAAGGAUUCUGAAUUACCCCGAAAUGCCUACGAUAAAUUGAAGGCAAUGGAACAAACAUUAGCUAGAGGGAAGCAAAUUCAAGAGGACUGUGCUGCAGUAAUAAAGAAACUUCGUGCUAUACUGCACACCACAGAAGAGCAGCUCAAAGUGCACAAGAAGCAGACCGUGUUCUUGACACAGCUUGCAGCAAAGACACUUCCUAAAGGUCUUCAUUGCCUUCCACUUCGUCUUUCAACUGAGUACUAUUCCUUGACUUCUAGCCAACAGCAAUUUCCGAGUGAAGAGAAACUGGAAGACCCUAGGCUGUACCACUAUGCUUUGUUCUCAGACAACAUAUUAGCAGCAGCAGUGGUUGUAAACUCAACCAUUACUCAUGCCCAGGAACCAGCAAAUCAUGUUUUCCACAUUGUAACUGACCGGCUUAAUUAUGCAGCAAUGAGGAUGUGGUUUCUAGUUAAUCCACCAGGCAAUGCUGCUAUCCAGGUUCAGAACAUUGAAGAAUUUACAUGGCUAAAUUCAAGCUACAGCCCAGUUCUUAAGCAACUUGGUUCUCCUUCAAUGAUAGAUUAUUACUUCAGGACUCACCGUGCAAAUUCUGAUUCAAACUUGAAAUUCCGGAAUCCAAAAUACCUAUCCAUCCUAAACCAUCUUCGUUUCUACCUGCCAAACAUCUUUCCAAAGCUCAACAAAGUACUAUUCUUAGAUGACGAUAUAGUGGUGAAGAAGGACCUCUCUGCCCUUUGGUCACUUGAUAUGAAAGGAAAGGUUAAUGGUGCGGUUGAGACUUGUGGAGAAAGUUUCCACCGGUUCGAUCGCUAUCUCAACUUCUCAAAUCCUAUAAUUUCUAAAAAUUUUGAUCCUCGUGCUUGUGGGUGGGCAUAUGGAAUGAAUAUCUUUGAUCUGGAGGAAUGGAAGAGGCAGAACAUAACAGAAGUCUACCAUGGGUGGCAAAAGCUGAACGAGGACAGGCAGCUCUGGAAGCUAGGAACACUUCCACCUGGUUUGAUUACAUUUUGGAACCGCACUUUUCCCCUUGAUCGGUCAUGGCAUGUUCUUGGCCUCGGCUACGACCCUAAUGUGAGCCAGAAGGACAUCGAGCAAGCAGCUGUCGUACACUAUAAUGGAAACAUGAAACCAUGGCUUGAGAUUGGCAUGCCCAAGUACCGAAGUUACUGGACAAAAUUCGUUGAUUAUGAUCAGUUAUACUUGAGAGAAUGCAACAUCAAUCCAUAAUUUGAUUAAAUGGCUCUAUUAUGGUAUGGCCAUCUUUUUCCCACAUCAUAUGAUAUAUCGUUCUUUUUGCAGAUCUGUGUUAUUAUUGGGUUAUUUUUUAAACCUAAAGGCCCUUGAGUAGUUUGAUUCUUUCUGUGCACGCCUUCUGAAGAGUGUAAUAACUGUGUAGGCCCAGUUCAUGAUAUCUUUAGUGUUGCCAUCAUCGUUACCACCACCACAGCAGAACUGCACAUCUACUUGUACAUGUCUCAACAGUUAGAGAGUAGUGAUUAAGAAUUACAGUAUAUUUCAU